CGCUCCCGCCCCCUCGCUCCCUCCCGCUCUUUGUCUCCUGGGCUCCCGGCUUCCCCGCCACGCGCCCCCCACCCCGACGCCCCUUUCCCGGGGACCCCCGCGGACCCCUGCCGACGCGACGCGGCGCGAAUCGGCCCUGCCUGGCGGGGGCCCCGCGUCCGGCCAGGCCUGGCGGGCGGCGGGGGCGGGGAGGGAGGUGGCGCUCGCUCUUCGCUCUUCUCUCUCUCUCUCUCUGUCACACACACACACACACGCACACGCACACGCACACACACACGGAGCAUCCUCCCGUCAGGUCUCCUGGUCCAGCCCCGCCCGCGCCUCCUGCUUCCAGCGAACCUGUUCCCUCUCCCCACAUCCCCCGCCCUCCAUCUCCCCCGGCUCCGGGACCUUUCCCGCCGACCUCACCCCCAUCCCCGGGAUGGAGCGGCUCGAGCCCGCCCGGAGCCCCCCGCGGCCGGGGUGACUGUCCCCCCACCCCUCUCCUGCCCGGCCCCCGCCUCAAGCACCAUGGGCCUGAGGGGUUCCCGGGGCGCCAGACGCUGAAGAUGACCGAUGCCAGAGCUCUCUUGAGUCAUGGCUUCUUCAAAGCUCCGAGAACCCGUGGAUGAAGUUUUUGACCUGGACUUGGCUGUGCCAGAGACGGCCAGACUGGACAGCAGUUUACACAAGGCCCGGGCCCAACUGUUGGCCAAGGGCCGGAGACACCGGCCGUCCCGCUCCAGGCUUCGGGACAGUGCCAGCUCCGCGGAGGAUGGUGAAGGCUCCGACGGGCCCGGAGGCAAGGUGACCGACGGCUGCGGGAGCCCCCUGCACCGGCUGCGCUCGCCUUUGCACUCAGGCCCGGGGUCCCCGGCCGGGGGCUCUUUCUGCUUGGAUCCUCCGGGGUUGCGGCGCAGCCUGGACGAGGACGAGCCGCCGCCCUCGCCGCUCACACGCUACCGGCCCCUGCACAACGCUGCGUCGCACGAGGGCCUGGCCGCCGCCGCCUCCUGCUCUCCGCCGCGCUCCGCGCCCUCCUCCGACAGCUCCCCCAGCUUCGUGCGCCGCCACCCGCGCGCAGAGCCGCACAGCGAAGAUGACAGCCGCGAUGCCAGUCCUCCUGAGCCCGCCAGCCCCACCAUCGGCCUGGAUAAGAAGACUCGCCGAAAGUUCCUGGACCUGGGGGUCACCCUGCGCCGAGCAUCCACGGGCAAGAGCCGGAAGGAGAAAGGCAGCAACCGCCUGUCCAUGGGCAGCAGGGAGUCAGUGGAGGGGUCCGGCAGGUCAGGGGGCUCCCCGUUCCUGCCUUUUUCCUGGUUCACAGACAGCGGCAAGGGCUCAGCAUCCUCGGGUAGCACCACCUCCCCUACCUGCUCCCCUAAACACGAGGGCUUCAGCCCUAAGAAGUCAGCUUCCCAGGAAUCCACUCUGAGUGAUGACUCCACGCCCCCCAGCAGCAGCCCCAAGAUCCCCAGUGGGCCCCGGCAGGAGGCCAAAUGUUCUUACCCCUACCACACACUGUCUCAGUCUUCAGACGAGUUCCUGGAUGAACCCCUCCCCCCUGUCCACCAUUGGACCAGCCAGCAGGUGGGCCAGUGGCUGCAGAGCCUCAACCUGGAACAGUAUGCUGCCGAGUUUGCUGCACGGCAGGUAGACGGGCCGCAGCUGCUGCAGCUGGACGGAAGCAAACUAAAGGUCACGGUGUGGGAGGCGGAGGCUCCACUCCAGGGAGGAUUCGGAGCUCCACAGAGUACACCUGGGGCAAAAGGAGCCUGGGCGUGGGAGGCCAGGACCGGGAAGGUUCUGGGACUCUCUCCCUCACCCUGGACUCCUCCCCAGAGCCUGGGGCUCAGCAACUCGCAUGACCGGGCACUGGUGAAGCGCAAGUUGAAGGAGAUGGCAGCGGCUGCCGAGAAGGAGCGCAAGGCCCAGGAGAAGGCUGCGCGGCAGCGGGAGAAGCUCCGGCGCCGAGAGCAGGAGGCCAAGAAGAGCUAGGGGAGGGUGCACAGGCGCUGGCGCCCGGCAGGGGCAGCCACUGGCUCCGCGGGCACAGGCCUUACCAGGGAGGCUGGACCUGGGCACUGCACUUGGGCUAGCCUGGUCCCACGCUCUCAGGGGGGACAUGCCCUCUCUUACCCUGUCACUUGGUCUAGACCCAGAGCCCCCAGAAAGGGAGACCCCAGGGAGAGGGCCUAGUAAUAAAUCCUAUUUUGAGGACUUGUUUGGCACAGAGUUCCUGGGGGAGGAGCAGAUGAAGGGGAGAGGGCAGAGAGGCCAGGGCUGAGGCAAGUCUAGGAGCCUGGGUCAGGCUGUCCCAUUGCCCUCAGGCCAUCGUGGGGCUGGGGUGGAGGGGAGCUAGGAGGCCUGCCUGCCUGCUUGCCUGCCAGAGGCCCUGAGGCCGGGCCCCAGGGCUCCGAGCUGGGCUGGGCAUUUCAGCAGGGCCCGGUGUGGGAGCGGCUCCUCUCCACUCUCCCAGGGGGCUGUGUGGUGGGAGAGCUCUGUCCUGCUCCCACAGGAGGCCAGUGGGCACUGCAGCAAGUCGCACUCAGGGUAGACUCCCAGCCAAACUCCUCAACAGGAGAGCAGAGAAAGCAGCCUGGGGCGAGUGCAGUCUUUGCCAGGACUCAAGAGGAGAGGAUGAACACCCCCUUCUCCCUCUCCCCUCCUCUGUCCUGUGGGUCCCAGGGGGUGAGAUGACAUCCACACAGGUCUGCCUCUCAGGGCCCAUUCAAGACCUGGUCUUUGACCCAUUCUCCAAGCCAGGACUCCCUUCACUUCCUGCUGCUUCCUCAGAGGGCACCUAAGCCCUCUUUGGGAGCUGAGCAAACAGGAACUGAUAGGGACAGAGGACACCACUUCCACCAGCCAAAGCCUAGGAGCUGCUGACCUGGUCAGCCCUCACCCCAGCCAGGCAGAGAGGCAAAACCUGGGGGUCCCUGGCAGCUACGAGAUUGGAAAGGUUCAUCAGCUCUCCCCCAUCUGCCCCAGGCAUUGUCAGGGAAUCAGUGGGCUCAGAACUGGCAGACGGUGCAAGCUCUGCUUCCCUGGGCCACACUGAGGGCUGGGGCCAGCUCCCUGGAUGGGGGUGGAGUUUACCAGCAGCCUGGGGACAGCAUGUGUCCUUUUUAGGAAAUGUCCUUGGAGGAAGUGUUCAUGUGUGGCGCUGGUCAGCAGCUAGCUCCGCUUCCAGGACACUGGUCAGAGUUACCGAUGAGGCCAGGGGGCUCCUGCUUGGAAACCCCUCCAGCUCCUCCCAUCUGCCCAGAGCGACAGAUGGCACCAAUGCAUGCUGGCUCCCUCAUUCCUGCCCAGGGGCUGUGGCUUAUGGCCAGCACCCUGUACCUGGGACUCAGCCCUUAUCCCCCCUCUGCUAUCUGUGCUGGGAGAGGGGGCUUCGGCGGGAAACAGAUAUGAGGACACUGGCACCAUCUGGGCCUGGUGGCAGGGCCAUGGGAGGUUGGAAGGCACCCACAUCCUUAAAGCCAUCAGUAGCUAUAGUGGGUGCCCACCUGCAUGUGAAGGGGAGGCAGUUCUCAAUUUAUUUCAAUAAAUACUUAUGAUGUGCCAGUGACCAGAA